CUAGUUUCUUACACCCCAUGGCCGAGUUAAUUAUAGCGACCAAUGAAAACAUGCGCUCAAAUACAACCGCAAUAAAGUUGCCAUGACAAUAGGGUCAGUGUCAUCUUCAAUGAUUUGACAGGUGCUUGACAAAGCAUCCUAAAGCAUGUACGCGAAAGGAAAGGGAUCUACUGUCCCUUCGGAUGCUCAAGCCAGGGAAAAGCUAGCAUUAUAUGUCUAUGAAUACUUAUUACACGUGGGGGCCCAAAAAAGUGCACAGACCUUCUUGUCAGAGGUGAGUCCAUCAAAUAUAAGAUGGGAGAAAAACAUAACACUCGGGGAGCCUCCAGGGUUUCUACAUUCAUGGUGGUGUGUGUUUUGGGACCUGUAUUGUGCAGCACCAGAGAGACGGGACACGUGUGAUCACUCAAGCGAGGCAAAGGCCUUCCACGAUUAUGGCUUUGUAAAUUCAGGGUAUGGCCUAAACGGUAUAGCUCAUAAUCCGUCUGCACCCAGUCCUAUUGGCCAGAUGCCUCCAAACCAAGACGGGAUGGGCCCAGGAGGUCCUGGCAUGCCACCAGGGUUUUUUCCACCAUUCAUGUCACCACGUUACCCUGGGGGACCACGAGGGCCAGGAAUUAGAAUGCAGGAUCAGUUUAAUGGUCCACCUGGCAGUGGUGCAGGUCCGAUGCCAAUGCCAAACAGUAUGGAGCCCCGACCAGGUCAUCCAGGCAUGGGUCCCAUGCAGAGAAUGAGUCAUCCCGGUCGUAUGUCAGGUCCAAUGAACCCAGUCAGUCCUAUAAACCACUCCGUCUAUGACGGUAUGGGUCCAGGCACAUAUGGGCCCGGUAUUCGAGGCCCGCCCCCCAACAGUAUGAGCCCUGGCCAUCCAGGACCCGGAGGAAUGCCCCCUAUCUCAAUGCACAGCGGCAGUAGACCUUGGCCCCCAUCAUCAUCUUCAUCAUCAAUUCCACAGGGUGGUCCACCAGGCACUCCAAUCAUGCCUAGUCCUCAAGAUUCAACAAGCUCAGGUGACGGGAUGUACGGGAUGAUGAAGGGGCCAGGAGGGGGGCCCAUGGGCAUGCAUCCAGGGUAUCCAGGCAUGCCAGGGGGUGACAAUGGCAUGGGUAUGGGUCCAGAUGGUAUGACUCCGGUCAUGAAUGGUGAUAUGGAUGGUAUGAAAAAUUCUCCCGCAAACGGCCCAGGAACUCCGCGAGACGAUAUGCCACAAAACGGAAAUGGUCCGGGACCUGACAUGGGGGGAUACGGGAACUUAGGGGGCUAUCAAGAUAGUAUGGGUGGAUUAUGGAAAUCAAAUUAUUAAUCGACAAAAUGAUGCUGAACAGCUAUUUAUUUCAUGAUGUUCAUUGUAAAUUGUUAUGAACUGCAGCACUGUUGGUUGAUGUAAAUAGUUAACAUCGUCAGUCACAUGUUCAACAAUAUAUCAGGACUCCUCCAUUUUAUCUCAUUAUAAAUUUUACAUCUGAUAGAGCAUCUAUUGUCAGUAUGGCAUGGAAUUUUGGGGUAUUUUGAAGUUCUUCAUUCCAUUAAUUUUCUUUGUAUGUUAAGCUCAUUGUCAUGUUCUUUGGUCUAAUUCAUUGUUUCUUUGUGUAACAAGGUAAAAUAAAAGUUUCAGAUCAAUUUCUUAAACAAAUCUUAUGUUUGUAAGUAAUAGUUAUGGUUGUUUAAACAAAAGGUUUGUCCCAGAUUUGUCUGUGCUGUUCAUAAAGCGAAAUUCCAUAAAAGCGGAAUGUUUGGCCCUUAUAGGUCCGUGUGGACUGCACAGAAUAGUUGAUUAUGAUUCCUCACGCACAAGCAUUAAGUCUGCUUUGUAUAGAGACUGACUUACUAGUUUUUUUGAAGGGUAAUGUGGAUAACACUUGAGCAAGAUUGCCUCUUGAAUCAAACGCCAGAAAUGUUUUGCAAAUAAUCUGAAUGUCUGACUUGUGUUUUCAUUUGUUGAACAUGUGACUGGAGGUGUGCCCACGGCUUCUUAUGGUGAAAGGGGGAAUCUCCUGUCACAAGGGAGGAAAUGCCCUGAUAUAAGCGUGGAAUCCCCUUAUAGAAUUGUUAUUUAAGUGAUUUGCACAAGGAUUGUCUCUCAACUGAUUGUACAAUGAAUCUCUAAUAAAUAUUGUAUGCAUUUUACAUGGGCACAAUAGUUGAAUGUCAGUUGGGGUCCUUUUAUCAUCAGUUGCUGUCUUGUAAUCAAAUUUUAGCGUUAUUGCAGCUAAUUUUGUUUCCAAUAAACUCUUUAACGUUCAAAAUGUCUAUAAAAUUGGCGGUCAUAUUUAAUUUAAUCUCACAAUUCUUGUUUGUAUUUUUAGCAAACAAUGAGUUAUUUGUCAGGGUUGAAGUGUAUUUGAGCCCAUAUCCGGAAAACAGAGCUUAAUUCAUGUGCCUCAAGUAUUAUCCCAGAUUGUCAGGGAUGACACUUUCAGCUAACAAAUGUUUUGAAAGGCAAACUCUACUUAACAAAAACCUUGUGCAGAAAGUGUUGUUGCUGAAUAGCUUGUAACUGCACAGGCUAUUCUGGGACAUGCUGAAUAGCUUGUAACUGCACAGGCUAUUCUGGGACAAUACUUUAUGUGCAUGCAUUAAGCCUCUUUUUUUUAGCUCACCUGAGCACAAUGUGCUCAAUGGUGAGCUUUUGUGAUCACCUUUUGUCCAUUGUUAACAUUUGUCUUGUUUAUACUCUAGAGGCCGCAUUUAUUUUCUGAUCUUCAUGAAACUUGGUUAGAAGAUUUGUCCCAAUAAAAUCUUGGACAAUUUCGCAAAAUGGUUCUGUUUGGUUGAAAAACAUGUCUGACAGGGGCAGGGGCAGUUUUCCUUAUAUGGCUAUCGUUAAACCUUUUUAGCACUCUAGAAGACACAUUUAUUGUUCAAUCUUCAAGAAACUUAGUCAGAACAUUUGUUUUAAUGAUAUCUUGGAUGAGAUCUAAAAUGUUUCCGGUCUGUUAAAAAACGUGACCACCUUGGGGGGGGGAUGCUUUUAUCCUUAUAUGCCUAUAGUUAAACCUUGUUAACACUCUAAAAGUCAUAUUUAUAGUUAAAUUUUCAUGAAACUUGGUCAGAACAUUUGUUCUAAUGAUAUCUUGGGCUUCACAGAACAGGUGAGUUCCUCUGUAUCUGGGAUGAGUGACUCUGGGCCCUCUUGUAACAAAAAACUGCUUACCCAGAACACAAAAAAUAUAAUGACAAUUUUUUUCGUAAAUGACAGCGUCAUGCCAAUUUCGACACUGAUUUUUUUAGUGCGUAUUUUACUAUAUUUUUCUAUUUUUACCGAUAAAUUUGGACCAAACUCGGGGGUGCGUAUUGUACACGAGGGCUUAUUAUAUCCAUGUAUUUACGGUAACUGUAACAUUGAAGUACUGUGCCCUGUAUAUUAUUUGUUAAGGAUUAUCACCACAUGUAAAUACCUCAUUGUAUCAAAAACAUAUGUUUACAUAUUGUAAAUGUUUUCACUGCAUACAUUAUUUUACAUCAUUACCUCCUCACUGAUGUAUGACAAUAUUUUAAAUUCAUGCUUUGUUCACGAGUAUUUGUAAGUUUAGGAUGGCUUAUUUAAGUUUUUGUAACAUUUUUUAUCUUGCGGAAAAAAAUAUUUAAAAAAUACUGGAAAAAAUAAUUAUCACAAAGGGUUUUCGUUAUAAACAAAUUCUCUGAUUGUUUCUCAACUGUUUGGUAAAAAACGAAGACAGUAAUCAAGUGUCAUGUUCUUAAAAUAUGCUUUAAAUGCCAACUGGUGUUGUCUCACUGUCUGAUAAUGCUUGCUUUAAAUUGAGAUACCAAAAAUUCCUAUGCAUUGAUUUAAGUUUGUCACUCAGUUGUAAAAAGCUGAGUACACAUGUUGUUCAUUAAAAUAUAUCAAAUUAUUCUUGCAAAUUCUCAGGUCCAGCGGCUGCAAAAGUUCUCAAUAUAAGUUUAAGAUGUUAUAACAAAAAUAUGGUCUGAUGAAAUAAUAAAUCAAAGUUUGUUUGUACAUUUUGAUUGUCUGAUAUGUGGAAUUAAGACUUAAAUUGACAGAUUGAGAAUGUUUGCGGUAACUGGACAUGGUGUAGUGCUAAUUACCAGUAAAAUACAUAUAAUUAAAUUGAGGUUUUAACAUUAAAAGCUAUUUUCUGUGCAAAUGCAAAUGAAUAAGGUUUUUAAAGAGAAUUGUAUACAUUCCUUUUAAUGUUAUGAUACAAACUAGAAACAAUGGUGGCAUGAUGUUGCCUCAUGUGUGCAUAGUUCAUGAAUGUCUUAGAAUUGUGCCCAUGAUCAAUUUCAUUAGAAUCCUAUGACAUUGUGUGCUGGAAAGAGUAACACUAUUAGUAUAUGUCGACCAUGAGGAACUGAUCCCUGUCAAUUGAUGAUAAACCUAAUGGUGCGCUACUAGAAAUGGGUGGUAGUUCUGUGCUACAAAAAAACACUUGGUGGUAUUGUGAACUAAUCCACUGGUAACUGGGGGGAAAAAUUACUUCACAAAUUGAUAAAGUUUUAUAUAAAUUAAUCAGAUGUAAUUGAUUUCUUGUUAAAUUGCAUGUAUACAAGUAUGCUUGGGGAUGCAGGAAUAAAUCAUGUCCCACCGCAGCAUAUUUAAGGCAAUUAUUUUAUUUGUUCUACAAAAUGUCAUCUUAAUGCGACUCUAUGAGCAGAGUUGAGCUGAUUGUAAUGGAGAUAUGAUCUGUGAGGGAUUGUAACAAGUUGAUUCAUGAUGGGCAAAAUUGUGCAUAAAUGUUUGUUGUCAUUUCUCUCUCAUAGUUCAACUAACAGCUGAUUACUGUAUUUAAAACAUGGCCUACAUUUUGAUUCAAUAACAUUCCUGGUUUGCCCACUUAUAGUGAAAUGAUUAAUCAUUAAGACAUGGACUGAAUGCAGGCUAUUCAGGGCUUAAUCAUUAAGACAUGGACUGAAUGCAGGCUAUUCAGGGCUUAAUCAUUAAGACAUGGACUGAAUGCGUGCUAUUCAGGGCUUAAUCAUUACAACAUGGACUGAAUGCAUGCUAUUCAGGGCUUAAUCAUUAAGACAUGGACUGAAUGCAGGCUAUUCAGGGCUUAAUCAUUAAGACAUGGACUGAAUGCGUGCUAUUCAGGGCUUAAUCAUUACAACAUUGACUGAAUGCGUGCUAUUCAGGGCUUAAUCAUUAAGACAUGGACUGAAUGCAGGCUAUUCAGGGCUUAAUCAUUAAGACAUGGACUGAAUGCAGGCUAUUCAGGGCUUAAUCAUUAAGACAUGCACCGAAUGCAUGCUACUCAGGGCUUAAUCAUUAAGACAUGGACUGAAUGCAUGCUAUUCAGGGCUUAAUCAUUAAGACAUGGACUGAAUGCAUGCUAUUCAGGGCUUAAUCAUUGAGACAUGGACUGAAUGCAGGCUAUUCAGGGCUUAAUCAUUAAGACAUGGACUGAAUGCAGGCUAUUCAGGGCUUAAUCAUUAAGACAUGCACCGAAUGCAUGCUAUUCAGGGCUUAAUCAUUAAGACAUGGACUGAAUGCAUGCUAUUCAGGGCUUAAUCAUUAAGACAUGGACUGAAUGCAUGCUAUUCAAGGCUAUUGAUUGCUCUAAAAGUGCUGAGUUAAUAUUACCAUACUUGGAAAUCUACAAUACACAUGUUCCAGUAAUGUAUUCCAGACCAAACAAAAUGUAGGUUAUGUUCUAAAUAAGUUAAAACAUAUAAAGUAAAAUUAUAUUUAUGCCCCCCUUCGAAGAAGAGGGGGUAUAUUGCUUUGCACAUGUCGGCCGGUCUGUCGGUCUGUCCACCAGGUGGUUUCCGGAUGAUUACUCAAGAACGCUUAUGCCUAGGAUCAUGAAACUUCAUAGGUACAUUGAUCAUGACUCGCAGAUGACCCCUAUUGAUUUUCAGGUCACUAGGUCAAAGGUCAAGGUUCACGGUGUCCUGAAAUAGUAAAAUGGUUUCUGGAUGAUAACUCUAGAACGCUUAUGCCUAGGAUCAUGAAACUUCAUAGGUGCAUUGAUCAUGACUCUCAGAUGACCCCUAUUGAUUUUCAGGACACUAGAUCAAAGGUCAAGGUCACGGUGACCCGAAAAUAGUAAAAUGGUUUCCGGAUUAUAACUCAAGAACGCUUAUGCCUAGGAUCAUGAAACUUCAUAGGUACAUUGAUCGUGACUCGCAGAUGAUCCCUAUUGAUUUUCAGGUCACUAGGUCAAAGGUCAAUGUCAUUUGAAAAUAAAGUUAUGAGCUAUUGUCAUCACCUUGGGGUCGGCGUCUGGUUAAGUUUUGUGUUUAGGUCCACUUUUCUCAUAAGGUAUCAAAGCUAUUGCAUUCAAACUUGGUACACUUACUUACUAUCAUGAGGGGACUGGGCAGGCAAAGUAAGAUAACUCUGGCGUGCAUUUUGACAGAAUUUUGUGCCUUUUUAUACUUAGAAAAUUGAAAAUUUGGUUAAGAAAAAAGUAUACCUUUUGCGAUUGGGAAUAUAGCCGAAUUUCGGCUAUAAAAUCGGGCCAAAAGAAAACCUGCCUAAGAUCAUGAAACUUCAUAGGUACAUUGAUCAUGACUGGCAGAUGACCCCUAUUGAUUUUCAGGUCACUAGGUCAAAGGGUAAGGUCACAGUGACUGGAAACAGUAAAAUGGUUUCCGGGUGAUAACUCAAGAAUACUUAGGCCUAUGAUCAUGAAACUUCAUAGGUACAUUUAUCAUGACUUGCAGAUGACCCCUAUUGAUUUUCAGGUCACUAGGUCAAAGGUCAAGGUCACAGUGACAAAAAACGUAUUCACACAAUGGCUGCCACUACAACUGACAGCCCAUAUGGGGGGCAUGCAUGUUUUACAAACAGCCCUUGUUUACAUAAUAUGUUCUACCUAUACAUAUUUUUGUCUUUUCAACAUAUAAACAUGCAUUUAUUUAUUUAUUUGAUUUUUUUUUCUCAGUAUUUUAGUGUAUAUAAUUAUGUUUGUGGUAAAUAGUUAGAUUAAUUUUGUAGGAUGUGCAUGAACACAGUGUCAAGUGUUUUUGUGUUAUAUUAAAUUUGGUUUGUCUCAUAUUUUAGUAUACAAAGGGUUCAUUUUUGUCUUGUAUUUAAGUAAUCUAGGACAAAAAAAUAUUGGUUUUCAAUUAAUUAUUUAUUUUUAUGUCCCCCACUAUAGUAGUGGGGGACAUAUUGUUUUUGCCCUAUCUGUUGGUUGGUCUGUUGGUUGGUUGGUUGGUUUGCGCCAACUUUAACAUUUUGCAAUAACUUUUGCUAUAUUGAAGAUAGCAACUUCAUAUUUGGCAUGCAUGUGUAUCUCAUGGAGCUGCACAUUUUGAGUGGUGCAAGGUCAAGGUCAUCCUUCAAGGUCAGAGGUCAAAUAUAUGUGGCCCAAAUCGCUUAUUUUAUGAAUACUUUUGCAAUAUUGAAGAUAGCAACUUGAUAUUUGGCAUGCAUGUGUAUCUCAUGGAGCUGCACAUUUUGAGUGGUGAAAGGUCAAGGUCAUCCCUUCAAGGUCAAAUAUAUGGGUCAAAAUUGCUCAUGUAAUGUCACUUCUGCAAUAUUGAAGCUAGCAAUUUUAUAUUUGAAAUGCGUGUGUAUCUCAAGGAGCUGCACAUUUUGAGUUGUGAAGGGUCAAGGUCAUCCUUCAAGGUCAAACGUCAUAUAGGGGGACAUUGUGUUUCACAAACACAUCUUGUUAAACCCUGAUAUUGUGUUAAUUUAUUUUUAGCAAUCCAUGGAGUUUUUAAGUGAAGAAAAUAAAGUACACAUGAUAGACAUGCUGAUUGUUGUGGAUUCAAUUAUUUAUAUUUUCCAAUUAAUGUUUAGGAAAGAUAACUCAACAACAAUAGUUCAAAAUUGAUCUCAUAGCUUUUCUUAUUCAUUAGAAGAUUCAUUUUUUACAUGCACUGGCCUGUUAAAAACAUUUAACUUGAAAAACAACAACAGAUUUUUAUUGUUAAUGUUUCACUAAGCAGAUUUAAAUUUUAAUUCAUUUGUUAACUAUGCAUGUAUUUUUGUACUAAAAAUAGUCAGCUAAUUCAAAACCUGUAUAUAUACGUUUGGUCUCAUGGUGAAACGAAUGUCCGAAAAUUUCAUCCUUUUUACCUAUUGGUAAAUCAAUUGUUAUGAAACAAAAGAUUCAGCUUCAGCAUUUUGCCUGAAAUAAAAGCAUCACUAUAUCCUACUUUGGUCGAAUUUGCUGGCAGUAAGCUCAAUAUAGGUGUCACCAUGGUUGGCUGUAUUUGUGUGUGUGUGUGUGUAACUGUAAUUUCAUUAUCAUGAAUUUUAAAAUAACUUGCCAAAAAAGUUCAACACAUGGAGAGUUCCAUGUGGGACCUGUGACCCUUGCUUAAAGAUCAAAGUCACACUUAAAGAGUCAGAGGUCAAUUUUGGGAAUAUUACAACUUCUCCAUACUUAAACUUUAUCAUUCAUCAGGUAAUUUAAAAAUCAGUUCCAAAGUCACAUUUAUCCGAUCCCAAAAGGAAAGUUCACAGUGAUUUUUAAAUUCAAUAUUAUUGGCAUAUUUUUUACAACACUUAAGACAAUUUGCUGCCAGGCAUCUAGUUAAUAUUUUUGCACAUUUGUUCAAAUGUCAUGAGAAACCAGAAUAAACUCAUAAACAUAAUUUAUUAUUAUCACGAGAAACACGGCUUAGUAAAUUUAACUUCAUUUCUAUUUUGUAAAAAAUACACCAUUUGUUGCGAUGGAAAUGAGCAACAUAGGUACCCCAAUAUUCUAACAAUAAUAUAAUGUGUUUGAAAAAUGUGUUAAGUUUUGUUUUAAUGGUUACUUGCCACAUAAAUGUUCCAAAAUCAAAAAUGUCAUUAAUUAUCAGCUUCCAUGAGCUUGCAUUGCCCAUGGUGACAUUUUGUAAUUGGCCUGGAUCAGUCUCUGUCUGGUGUCUACAAUUUCUUCAAAUAACAUUUGUACAUAAGCCACAUGGCCAAUUUUGAUGAAACUUCACUAGAACAUCUUGGGUAGUCCUCUACACAAGUUGUAUAAAUCAUUCCAGUCAGCAUGUCACUCGAGUUAAAAACAGUUGUUGGAAAGUAAAAAAAUUAAAACAAAUCUCCCAAACCAUAAGGUGGAAUUUAAUACAGUUUGAAAGAGAUCCCAUGUGAUGUUAUAUAAAUGAUUACACUUUAAUACCUUGUUAAGUUACAUUUGUGGAGCUUAACAUAGAUUUUUAGAGAGAGAGAGAAAAACUUUAAGCAAUAAAUCCUUAAAUACUUGCUUGCUAUUAGCUAGAUUUAAUAGCCAGCUACCUGCAGGAAUCGUAUUAUUACUUCUACAAAUAAAUUGCUUUUCAACCCCUGGUAUAUCAGUUUUAAACUUUACAGAAAAGUAUAACAGACACUUGAUUUGAAAAGUAAAUUGCUUAAAAUAUGUUUGGAUAAAAGUGUAAGUAGAAAAGUUAAAAGUAGAUAAGCCAGAUGAAAAAUAUCUGUGCAAGGGAAGGUAUUAUUGACCUAGUAACUUUCCAAGUUAGGCAGGUAAUCAAUCAGAGUAGAAUCAGGUGAGCGAUAAAGGGCCUUCUUGUCUAUUUUAUUAUCAAGGUACCUCCAAUGUACAGAUAUAAAACAAUUUUUGUGACAUUGUUUUGUGUUAGAAGUUAAUUAAUUUAGUUACGCUAGGAUUGUUCAUGAACAAGAGAGACAACAUUACCUUUUCUCCUGAGUUUUGUGCAAAUAGAUUGUUCAUUAAUUUAUUGUAGAUGAUUGUCAUGUUCAAUAGGUUACAUAUUGUUGAUGAUGUUGUUGUUGUCUUUUGUACAAAUACUUCAAGCUAUUGGUAUAUUGUUAUACUGAUUGCAUUAUACAUUGAACUAUAUAUGAAUUUAUAAAUAAAUUAUAUAUAAUAAAGUCUGCAAAAUAUUGUGGAAAUGUU